AUGCACAGGUUGCUUGAACCCCCUGAAGAUGUCAAGAAACUCUUCCAAAACUACUCACAGAAUGGCACCAUGUCAAUUGAUGGUCUACGUAAAUUUCUCUCUGAGGUUCAAGGACAAAACAAUGCAACGGAAGAUGAUGCUCAGGCUAUCUUUGAUAGUCUUAAGCAUCUCAACAUCUUCCAAAGAAAGGAGCUUGACCUUGACGCCUUCUUUCGAUAUCUUCUUGGUGACCUUAAUACUCCUCUUUCUCCAUCUAGCAGUGUGCAACAUGACAUGACUGCUCCACUAGCUCAUUAUUUCAUGUACACAGGCCACAACUCUUACUUGACUGGGAAUCAACUCAGCAGCGAGAGCAGUGUUGAACCCAUCAAGAAGGCCUUGCUAAAAGGUGUAAGAGUGAUUGAAUUAGAUUUAUGGCGUGGCCAGAACAACAAUGUGGUGGUUCGCCAUGGACGGACCCUGACUGGUUCAGUGGAACUCCUCAAAUGUUUGCUUGCUAUUAAGGAAUUUGCAUUUCAGGCAUCUGAAUAUCCAGUUGUGAUAACCUUUGAAGACCACCUACUUGCUGAUCUUCAGGCUAAGGUUGCCGAGGUGACAAUGGUCGCUAAAACAUUUGGGGGCAUGCUGUACCGUCCCGGGACAGAUCCAUUACUGAAAUUUCCAUCACCGGAGUCAUUGAAGAAAAAGGUUUUGAUCUCAACUAAACCACCAAAAAAGUAUCUUGAAACUCAAGAUGGAAAACCUUCACAAAAGUCAACAAAAUCAUCCAAAAAGGGACAAGAAGACGAUGAUGAGGAUGAGAUUGCUGAGGGAGAACAUCUUCAAGAAGAAUAUGAGGAGAUGAAAGUACCUGAAUACAGGCAUUUAAUUGCCAUUCACGCAAUGAAGCCGAAAGGUGCAUUAGGAAACUGGUUCAGUACAGAUGAGAAAGAAGUAAGACGUCUGAGCUUGAGUGAGCAAAAACUUGAAAAAGCUACAAGUACACGAGGAAUUGACAUUAUCAGGUUCACCCAGCGUAAUUUGUUGAGGAUAUACCCUAAAGGUACACGCAUCACUUCAUCUAAUUACGAUCCUUUUGUUGGAUGGACGCACGGAGCUCAAAUGGUUGCAUUUAAUAUGCAGGGAUAUGGGAAGCACCUUUGGAUUAUGCAAGGAAUGUUUAGAGCCAAUGGUGGCUGUGGUUAUGUAAAAAAACCUGAUUUUUUAUUGAGUGAACAGGUUUUUGAUCCUAGUAUGCAAUUGCCGGUCAAGAAGAUUUUGAAGGUGAAAAUCUACUCUGGGGUAGGGUGGCAUUUGGAUUUUCCCAACACACAUUUUGAUCCAUAUUCUCCACCUGACUUUUUCUUCAAAAAUGCUACUCUAGAUUUCCCUCUUUUGGAACAGGACCAUGUAAAAAAUGUUACUUAUGAUAACCAGUUAAUGGAUUCACAGGUUGCAAUUGCUGGGGUUCAAGCUGAUAAAGCUGAAGAUAAAACGAAUGUAGUUAACAACAGCUGGCUACCGGAAUGGAAUGAGGAAUUUAAGUUCAAGCUGACCGUUCCUGAAUUGGCUGUGCUCAGGAUCAAAGUGGUCGAGCAAGACAUAUCUGGAAAUAAUGACUUUGGAGGCCAAACAUGUUUGCCUAUAUCAGAGUUGAGAACUGGGAUUCGAGCGGUUCCAUUGCAUAACCGAAGAGGGGAGAAAUACAAGAAUACAGAGCUUCUUAUUAAAUUUGACCUUUUAGACCCCGAAGAAUGUUCCGACUGA